AUGGCCCCCGCACUAAAGGCGGGGCACUUCCAGACUCACGAGUCCCCCGCAUCCGGCACCAUCAUCAUCCGCGACUCCCUCUAUGGUGACCACUCCAUUACCGAGCCCAUCCUGGUCGACCUGCUCCAGUCGCCCGAUCUUCGUCGACUGAUUGGCAUCUGCCAGCAUGGUGUAACCGGACACCUCGGGCUCCUACCCAGGCAAGUUAAGAUCACGCGCUUCGAGCAUUCCGUCGGGGCAUUCCUGCUCGUCCGCAUCGCCGGGGGAAGCGUCGAAGAACAGGUAACCGCUCUUCUGCACGACAUUAGCCACACCGUACUCAGCCAUGUGGUUGACUGGGCGCUUUCAAAACCAGGCGAGGAGAGUUACCACGAAAUUCCCAAGAUCCUGACCAAACAUGGCGUUCCGCAGACUGUCUUGGAUGAAGAGCAGUACCCGCUUGUUGAAAUGGCGGCACCCCAUCUCUGCGCAGACAGACUCGAUUACGCCCUGCGGGAUAUAGUUGCGUUUGGGAUACUCCAGCUGAGUGAUGCGCACAGGGUCGUCGCAAGUCUGAAAGCUUUCCCUGAUGCAUUGUCCCCGAAUCGAAUGCUUGUGCUUGGGGAUCCGCAGGCGGCACUAGACCUUGCCCGGGCGUAUCUGGUUGCGGAUCGGGAGGUGUGGUCUAACCCGACACAUGUUGAGAUGUACAGAGGGACUGGGCAGUUGAUAGGGAAUCUUGUUCACGAAGAACGGAUCCACGAGAAGGUGUUGUGGAGCACGUCGGAUGAUCAGUUCUGGCAGUUGUUGAAGGAUAUUGCGGACCCGGAGGGGUCGGAGAUGCUGGAGAGGUUUGAGACUAAAGGACUGGUGGAGGAGGAUGGCUUGCGCCUACAUAAACAUGCCAAGGUUCGUACCAUUGAUCCUGAUGUGUGUGUGUCUGGCACAGAAGCAGUUGCGCUGUCGGUGGUGAAUCCGGACUGGGCUGCUGAGCGGGAGGAUUAUAUCCGGAAAAGAGAGGCUACGCGAGAGGGCGCCCUCCCCCUCAUUGCGCGUGGCAAAGUGCGCGACCUGUACGAGAUCGACGACAAAACCCUCCUCUUCAUCGCGACCGACCGCAUCUCCGCCUACGAUGUGAUCAUGGAAAAUGGCAUCCCCAACAAAGGCAUCCUCCUCACCCUCUGCACCCGCAAAUGGUUCGAAGUGCUCACCACCGCUCUCCCCACCCUCCGCACGCACUUCCUGACCCUCGACCUGCCCCCACAAAUCCCCGAGUCUUUGCGCCCGGUCCUCCAGAACCGCAGCAUGCAGGUCCGCAAGCUCCGCAUCCUGCCCAUUGAGGCGAUCGUGCGCGGUUACAUCACCGGCUCCGCGUGGAAGGAGUACCAGACUCACGGCACAGUGCAUGGCCUUCCUGUCAAGGCGGGGUUGAGGGAGAGUGAGGCGUUCCCCGAUGGACCGAUUUACACCCCUAGUACCAAGGCGGAGUUGGGCGAGCAUGAUGAGAACAUUCAUCCGGAUAAGGCCGUUGAAAUCAUCGGAGAGAAAUACGCCGCUACUGUCGCCUCUCUGUCCGUUCAGCUGUACAAGAUCGCCCACGAGUAUGCGCUCUCCCGCGGUGUCAUCAUCGCCGAUACCAAGUUCGAGUUCGGUGUUGAUGAGGAGACGGGCGAGGUGGUGCUUGCUGAUGAGGUGCUGACGCCGGAUUCGUCGCGGUUCUGGCCCAAGGAUACCUAUGAGAUUGGACGUGGUCAGGCCAGUUUCGACAAGCAGUUCCUCCGCGAUUGGUUGGUGAAGGAGGGAUUGAAGGGCAAGGAGGGCGUGAGGAUGACUGACGAGAUUGCGGAGAAGACUAGUGAGAAGUAUAAGGAGGCGUGGGAGAAGAUCACCGGGGGUAACUAA